UUCUAACUCAGAUCUGUUAUUAUUAUCAUGUUCGUUAUUUUGUCAUAAUCAGGAAGAUCUGUUUGGGAAAAUUUUAAACUUCCGCUGCCGUACUUUCGAGGUACGUUACAUCAAUUUUUCUAACAGUUACAUCAAAGAAAGAAGCCACAUAAGUAUAAAAAUGCUAUGAUUAAAUUUAUACCAUUCAUAAUGCGGUGUCACUCCCGGAAGCUUUCGAAGGCAUUCAUCCGUGAAUGAGAUUCCUCCCUCGUCAUCCCUCACUUUUUGUAGUUCCGGUCCAAGCCUCUUGAUUUGGUGAUGCGAUGGGAUAUCCUUCUUUUGCAUUACAUAUAUGGUCUUCUUUUUGUUAUCAUCAUAAACGAUUCUAGUGACCACAUCUCCCUCUUGGAUAUCAUAUACAUUGCGAAUGAUCUCACCCCCAAUUCAUCAAAGCUAAUGUUCCCACUCUUCGGAAAAUUGAUAGCCUUUUCACUUGAUUUGCUCCCGGAAGAUGCCUUUGAAGUCUCGGCAGUUUAUUUAGGAACGGUGAGCCUCGGUGCAACUUUUACUGCCUCGGCAGUUUGUUUUUGGGCACUGGCAGCCUGUUUUGGGGCCUGGGCAGCCUGUUUUGGGGCCUGGGCAGCCUGUUUUGGGGUCUGGGCAGCAGGGGUCGUGGCCUUAGGUGUAGAAGUUGAAGCCGCGGCAUUAGUUGUAGGCGCCUUAGGAGUAGGAACCUUUGGCGUGAUCAAGUUGCGCACAUUUGCUUUGGGUUUAGAGACCCAUUUCUUUUUCUUCUUGGCCUCCACCCACUCCCCAUUCUCUUGCACAUCAUUCUUUUUCUUUUCAACCCAAAUUUCCUUCCCUUUGCCAUCAUCCUUUGAUUUCUUUCCACUCACGUUGAAGCCUUUUUUUCCCUUCGGAAUGUCACCGGGUUGGUUGGAACCCCCUUCUUUUGAGUUGUUAGCCGCAGUAUUGGCUACACUUACAAUUUUGUUGGUAGCUUUUGCAUCCUCAUUCUCUACCAACUCCUUGUUUAACACUUUGCAUGUAAAGGGGUGAUGUCCAUAAACCUUGCACUCAAAACAAUAGUUAGGAAAAGUUUCAUAUAUGACAUAUUGAUUCCUUUCCUUACCGGACGGUUGUAUAAUCGGGAUGGACAUAGUAGGUGGCCUAGAGAGGUCAACCUCCACCAAUACCCUAGCGAAUUGAGACCUCGAUUUUUCUUGAGUCACCUUGUCCGCCACAAUAGGGACUCCAACUCUAGAGGCAAGCUCGUUCAUCUCUUGCUUGUUCCAAAGUGUAACCGAUAGGCCGGGGAAUUUAACCCAUAUUGGGACUUUUAAAAAUUCCUCACCAUCAAAGUCAAAGUCUUCGGAUAAUAUCCUUAGGAACACGGCCUUACCAUAAAGGGCAUAGGGCUCUUCGGCCAUGACUUUGUUACGGUCAUUCUCACUUUGAAAUUGGAAAAUCACCCACCCUUUGUCAUGUUGCUUGAGCUUGCAUGGGACUCCCCAUUUGAUGGAUAGAUCAUGGAAUGCUCGCAUGCCCGGGAAUCUACCUGAAACAAACCCCACCAAGCAAUACCCUCAAAUAUCAAUAAUAGUAGGGAGUUUUCUAUGAGAGAAAUCUACCUUUUCACCUUUUGGAGGAAUAUACUCCAACUUCAUGCCAUGUUCAAUAGACCGGUUGUUUUGGAAUAAUUGAUUCCAAGCAUUCUUCUUUGGCUCUUCCUUCUUUUCUUUAUUUCCAACUUCAAAAAGGGAAUCAACACUCCCCGUUUCCACAUCAUCCUCAUCUUCCACAAGGCCAUCAAUUCUUGCAUUCUCCUCACCUUGCUCCUCUUGAAUUUGCUUGAAGGAGAAUUCAAUGGAGCCUACUUUGAUAGACGCGGGCUCCACCGGUUUAGACACCCCCGAGGAAGAAUCUUCCACCAUAGCUUUGAGGGAGACAUCCUCCAUAACUUGUGGCUCCUUAGUAGCAUUAGCCUCAUGUAAAUUGAUCUCCUUUGUUGUAGGUGUAUCUUGCACCGUUAGCUUGGGAGCAAUUUUGACUUUCUUGGAUGUUACUUCCUUCUCAUUAUUUUCCACUUCUUUUUUGUUGGCCUCCAUCUCGGCUUUUCUUGCAUUCAACUUCCUUAUUUUGUCAUCAAAGGCCGAGUCUUUAGAUGGCGGUGUACGAGAUUGUUUAUUGUGCCUAGUCAUUGGACCAUACACAUUUCUUGUACGAGAGCUUGGCUAAUUGACCUGCAAGGGUUAGUACAAACAAAGACAAGUACCAAAGACUUGGGGGUGCAAGAGCUUGGUUCGUACCUUAGGCAAAGUGUGCUAGUAAAUUCUCCAAGAUGCUUUAGGAAGUAUCUCAAAGUAUAUUAACCCCCUAGGUAUGUUCAGUUGCACCAACGGAGAAGCACAAAAAGCAAGGGGACAGUCCUAGGUCGUUUGUGCACUGUAGCAAGCAGUGAGUUCCGAGAAUUUUUGAAGUAUUCCAAAAAUUCCCAAACAAUUCUUAGAGGUCUUCCUUAGUAUUUUGAACAGCCUGGUAGUGUUAGGACAAACAAAAUACAAGCAGCAAGUGCACUUCCUUUGAAAAGGCAGUACAAUAAAGUCCAAGGAAACAGCGAUUGAUAUUUCUCAAGUUGUAGCCCAAAGUGAAGUAAACCCCCAGGUAUAUUCAGUUGUAGCACUGGAGUAGCACAGAAAUCAGGAAAAAUCCUAACCAGUUCUGGUUACUGUAGCAAGCAGAAUGUUCGAAAAAUUGGGAGUGAUCCAAAAAUUCUCAAAAAAUUCAGGGAGGUACCCUUCAAUAUGUUUAACAAGCUGGUAAGAAUAGUUCCACCAAAACACACAGCACGUUUCCCAGAAAAAAGUAUUAACUAGUGAAACACUUCCAAAAAACCUGGAAUUUUGGAAUAGGCCCAAAAAAUCUCCAAAUAUUCUGGAAAAUACCACAAAGUAUGUUGGUCAACCUGCUAUGGUUAGUUUUCACAAUAGGCACCAGCAAUUUAUAGUUACAGAAUAUUUUGAGCAAGGUAAACACCUUCCAGACAAGCUGGAGAAGAUGUACAGUACCCACAAAGUUGGAACUCCCCAGAAAUUUCUGGAAAAAUUCCCAAAUACUCCUCUAGUAUCAGCGAACUCAACAAAACGCUUACCAAACGGACAAGCACAGACCUCAGAAGAAAUUCGAACAGUAACAGGACCUGCGAAUAGCUACAGUACCCAAAAAAUUGGGGGAAUAUUGAAAACUUACUCAAAUCUGAUGAAACCGGUGCCAAUAGGUUCGUCAAGUCCAAAUGGUUCCAAUUCUAGCUUCAGAAACGAGAUUGAACAGCAGAAAUUGAAGGAAUCUGAGGUCAACGGUCUGUCGUGAACAGUGCUGCACCCCAACGGAUCUUUCUGGAUUCCGGUACGGCGGCGUUCUGGUGGUCGGAAAAGAGGUCCUGGAGGUUCGCUAGAGGCUGGCGACCCCCAAGCUAUCUUCUUCUUCCACAAACAAUCGUCGAGUUGCUGGAUUCAAGCAAAGUUUCUAAAUCGGGAAAGUACAGUAAACAGACGACCUGGGGCUUCAAAAACGGCGAUUCUCACUCCAGAAAACAAUAUCUUUCAAAACCAAUCGGUAGGGAUGAAAGAUUUGUAGUUUCCGAGCUAUAGAAUCGCAGAUUUGGGAGGUUUAAUUCGUUAAAGUAGUUCGUGGGAGAGCAGGGGAGUAACGAGCUAGCUAAAAAAAAUCGCCGAAGUGUAACUUUUUUAGAGAGAAGGACGAGCGUUACUACUUUAGCUUGAUGUGUCUUUGAUUCACCAUAUGGGCUUGAGGCCGCUGACCCCUUCUUUAAUUUGGCUCACCAACCUCCUCAUGAAGCCUAUAUCCACAUAACUUUUGGUCAUUCAUAGCUGGGUAGCGUUGGAAAGCAUGAACGGCAACUUCAUGUCGUGCGUCUCACUAUUGGAUCCGUGCGUGACAAGCCGGAGACCGAGCACCCUUCCGGUUCGAGCAGUCAGGGUGUUUGUUUCCGCUGGAAUCGGUCGCCGAACGCCUGAAACAUCUUGGGCGUCCUUCAAAUCCGAGCCGCCAGGUCUGAAGAGGACCGUCGGGCUGUGUGGUGAGAUGGUCGUUGUUUUGAGAACCGGACGUCCAGCUUGUUAAGCGUCUGAGUCGUCUGGGGGCAGAGCUGCAUUGUGGGAUGGCCGUCGAGUUUCAAGGGGGCUCCGAAGCUAUCUGGAUUUCAGGGCCGAGCGGGUAGCAGUCCUGGACGCUGGGAGCUGCAAGGGAUCCCCGACAUACUUCCCAGGCGAGGUGUGGGGGGCUGGUCCUCUAAGCCAACCUCCUUGGUUUAUGGACGGCCCAUUGAUUUUGACUUGGUCAGAUUUAUUCAAACAAAUUGGCUUUUCACUAAUUGGCCUCACUCCUGCUGAUGUUCGUGGGAUUUUAUUUCAGACGAGCGGCGAGUGAAUUAGUGAAUCCUUCCUCUCCCUUCCUCCUAAAUUCCACUGACUCAUCUUCAUCUCCUUCAGUUACGAGAGAAAAACUCCCCUGCCUGAACCUCUUGCAAAAUUAUCCACGUCAAAGUCCGCCCGGUACCAACCGUAGGCCGAGCGGCAAGCAAAUAUCUGCCCGUCAAUCCGCCAGUGGUGUUCUGGAAUCGGAGACGAAACCUUUAGAGGUGGCUCCAUGCUCAGCGCAGUGGACAUUUGGGAAAAGACGCUCGGCAGGGCAGUGGGGCAAGCCCGGACGGCCCUUUCGCCGUUGCCGGUUGUCACCUGUGUGCUCCGGUCGAGAGGGGAUCCUUUGACGUAACCUUCUUGGGUCAUUUGUUCUUGAAGAUAUAUGGAGGUUGUGUUGUCCUUUGGAAGCUUCGACCCUACUCCGGAUCGGAAAGUAAAUGACUAUUGCUCUACCUGGAUAGCGGGAUACUCGGCCUUCGGUACGUGGUGCUGGUGUAGUAAUGUCCGUUCGUCCGGGCGGUAGCUUUCCAAAGGCGUCCGUGGCUGAUCCCCGGACGUGCGGCCUCUGGCCUCGGGCGGCGUGAUCCGAUUGGGAGCCGAGCGGGGAUAUGUCCGGGGCGAUUUCCCACUGCUGCUCGUUGUAUUUUAACCAAAACUAGUGGUACUACCAGCAAGCCAGGACGGGUUUGCCGCACAGGAUAGCCUCAGGUUUUCUAAUUUUCUACCUUCAAGUCCGGACGGAGCUAUAUUGUUUUCUUCCGGUUAAUCACCCCCGCUCGACAAACGAGGUUGCCGCUUCAGAAUUCGAACAUCACGCCCCGUUCCUCAAAAAAGUGCCAUGCGCAAUACUACGUUGUACUUAAGAUGCAUUUGGUCAACAGGUGGUCCCAUCUAUCAAUUCAGCCACCAGCCCUGUUAGGCAUGGAGCUGGGUUUGUGAGUUCAAUCCUGGUUAGGAACUUCGUGGAUGCGGCUGGACCUGCCAUUGUAGCAGCGGUGAAUCUUGUGCGACUGCGUCGACGACCCUGUGCUGGCGUCCACCGCCGGCGAACCUCGAUGACCAUUCUUCAUGAGAUUCUGUCGUUUUCCCAUCUGGAGCUUCCAAAAUCCCUGCAUAUAUCUUCCUCUUUUCCUUGAAAACAGUCCACUUCGCCUCCAUUUUUUUUCUCUAGAAAAAUAAAG